ACCGGAUGACAAAGACCUCCCCUCUGGUCUGCGAGGACUUCGAGACACACCCGAUAACUUCAGAGGACUACCUGAUGGCUUCAGAGGACCUGGUGAUAACUUUAGAGGACCAGGCGACAAUUUCCGAGGACCAGCUGAUAACUUCCGAGGACAUCCCGAUGACUUUAGGGGACCUGGAGAUAAUUUCCGGGGCCCGCCUGACGGUUUUAGAGGACCCCUCGAUGAUUUCCGAGGACCUCGAGGUCCAGAAGAUGACAUGCGCGGGCCGCGAGAUGACUUCCGCGGCCGCCCACCAGGGCUGCGGGGCCUUCCAGAUGACUUCAGAGGACCAAGAGAUGAUCUUAGAGGACCAUUUGAUGAUAUGGGUGGUCCACGCGACAAUUUCCCUGGCCCCCGCGGAGGCAUGGCAAACAACGAUUUCAUGGGGCCCCGGGAUGACUUCAUGGGGCCCCGGGAUGACUUUAUGGGACCCCGCGGCGACUUCAUGGGACCCCGCGGAGACUUCAUGGGACCACGAGAUGACUUCAUGGGACCCCGUGAUGAUUUUAUGGGACCUCGUGAUGGUUUCAUGGGACCCCGAGACGGCUUUAGAGGUCCACGAGAUGACUUCAGAGGACCUCGUGAUGACUUCAGAGGACCUCGUGAUGAUUUCAGGGGUCCACGCAACGACUUCAUGGGACCUCGCGACGACUUCAUGGGACCUCGCGACGAUUUUAUGGGGCCCCGAGACGGGUUCAGAGGACCCCGUGAUGACUUCAGAGGUCCGCCCGGUGACUUCAGAGGCCUACCUGAUGACAUGCGUGGACUUCCCGAUGACUUCAGAGGUCCUGGUGACAUGAGAGGCCCUCCUGAUGGCUUAAGAGAGCCUUCUGGUGAUAUGCGUCGUCCUGAUGACUUUAGAGGCCUCCCAGAUGACUUCAGAGGUCCGCUUGAUGGAUUUAGAGGGCCUGAUGACGACUUCAGAGGUCCGCGCGAUUCUUUCAGAGGCCCACCUGGUAGCAGAAGCCCGCCAGGAAUGCGAGGUCCAAAUAUGAGAGACCGCCCCGACAUUCGGGAUCUCAGAGACGGGAGACCGAUUCCGGAUAUUCGGGAUGUUCAGUUAGGAGGCCCACCAGACUUGUCUGGACCACGGGACCUUAGAGAUCUCAGACGACCUCAAUUUGAUUUUAUGGAUCGUGACGGUCCAAGGGGGCGAUUGGAUGAUCUGAGGGGACCCCCACCUUUCGAUGAUUUUGGACCUGACUUCAGAGGCCCACCGGACGACUUCAGAGGGCCUCCUGACAAACUGGGCGGCCCACCUGGAAUGCCUGGUGAUCUGCGACGUGCAUCAAAUGAUUUCAGACACCCAGCAGGUGAUUUUUUAGCCACUCCACCCGACGCUCAAAGAGGUCCUCGAGAUAGAUCGGGUGGCGCAGUGAAUGAGUUCAGAGGACCUCAGAAUGAUUUCAAUGAAACACAAGAUGGCCCUUUUCGCCGUGAAAGAAAUAUGAGGAGGCCAGGUAGUGACUUAGACUUUACUCAAGAUGACUUCGAUGACCCUAAUCGUGGGAGACCUUCAGGUAAUUUCUUUCAAGCCCCCCCUGGGUCUCUUAGCAAAAGUGGACCUGGGGGCAAUUUCAUGAAUGGUCCAGGUGAGAGAUUUAAUGAUCGGUUUGGUGAAGACUUUAGAAAGAGCCGGAGAGAUGGACCCAACAAUGAUUUCAGAAGGGACCGUCAGAAUGACUUCAGAGGUGAUUCUCAAGAUUCUUAUAUGGACGGAGAUUUUGAUAACUUCCAGCCUGGUCCCUCAGGUGAAACUGAUUUCCAGGAAGACACUAAUUGUGAUCAAGACGAAUUUAUCAGUAAUCCUGUUGAAGAAACGCAAGAUAAUGAAGAUUUUGAAGAUUUUGAGGAGUUUACAGAUAAUGUUGAUCAAACAGAAGAGCCCAUUUGUCCUGAAAAAUCUCCAGACCAUAGAGCCAACUCCAAUGCCAAAACUGUACCCAGCCCUGCGCCAAAAAUAAAUUUUCAUAGGGGGGGUCAGAAAGCUAAUGAAACCCAGUCUCAAGCCGGUCCAAGUGUUUCCCAAGCUAAGGAUUCUAAGGACAAUAUUCCUUCAUCUGAGAGCAGCGCAGCCACACAAGAACAAGAGAAUGAUGGAGAUCCAACAUCAUCCUCCCUGCCAGUUACUGCUGACAGUUCCAAAGAUGAUACACAGGAUAAUUUGGAAG